AUGCCAGUCUAUUUAGUCCACGGCUUUCGCUGGCCGCGCGAAGGCUUUACGGGCAUCCGCGUGCACGCCAUCCUGCACAACCUCGAGGACUGCUCGGUCGAGUACAUCCAGAACGAGAAUUCACGAAAGGAGAUCCUGACGAGUUUCCGCAAGGUGUUUCCAGAAAUCAUGAAGGAGCUGGAAGGGCCUGGAAGAAAGCUGGACUUCAUCGAACAGUAUAACCCGGAUGAUAUCGAUGGGCCGAACGCUGUCAGUCAGCCGUACGCGUUUGUCGGCGACAAAGUUGUCAUGAUCGCUGCCGGACCGGGCAUGGGUACUUCUGGGCCGGCGACGGUACAAGCGGGAGGGGCGCCUCCGGGAACAGGAGGAGGAAGUGCUGGCUCAGCAAGCGCUCUCGCUGGACAGGUUGAAGCACCCACGUCUCCGCCACAGAAAAAGUCUCACGCGCCGACUCUUCCCGUGUCGAAAUCUGCACCGUUCAAUUCUCCUGCUGAAACCACCGCACUGAGCGUGAACGUGGAGGAAGUCAUCGCCGACGGGCCCGGUUUGACAAACAAAGCAUGGGAAGCGCUGGCAGAUCUGCGAGACAAAAUCGCCGAAGGAGAGAAAAUCGGCUGGUGGGUGGUCUACAACGGAGAUCCGGAAAGAUCCUACGACGAUGAUGAAGAUGAUGAAAUGGGUGAAGAAAUUGAAGAUGUCGAGGGGGAAGAAGAUGUUGACAUUUACCAAAAUCAGUACCAACAGCAGAGACCUGUCACAAGCAGAAGCGCUGCUGCUCGACCUCGGACGGCUCCCUCUGGGAGCACGGUAAACAAUCGGCCUCCCGCACCAACUCCCACACCACAUAUCGCCACGCAGCAGCAACAAGGGUUAACCGCUCUUCCAGUUCGCACGGCCUCAUCGAGGACAGGGGGACCACCAGGUAGACCCGACAAAGGGAAACAAAAGGGAACGAUCCCAGAACCGGCCAAAGUCAAGGAAACCGCCAAACCCCAAGGGUUUCGGAGAAAGUUCUUUGGAAAACGACUGUGA